GGCCGCGCGGAGUUUUGAAUUCGAUGGCGGGUAAAGUGGCGGCGCGAGAAGGGAUCACCCUGAAAGGGAGCGCGAGCAUCGUAUCUGAGUUCUUCAAUUAUGGGAUCAAUAGCAUUUUGUACCAACGUGGAAUCUAUCCACCAGAAUCUUUCACACGUGUACAGAAGUAUGGCCUUACAAUGCUUGUUACAACAGAUCCCAUCCUCAACAACUACUUAAAGAAUGUGGUUGGCCAGCUAAAAGAUUGGUUAUGUAACCAUUUUGUUCAAAGGCUGGUGGUGGUCAUCAAUAGCAUUGAAACUAAUGAGGUGCUGGAAAGAUGGCAGUUUGACAUUGAGUGUGACAAAACCAUGACUGAUAACAGCCAACCGAGGGAGAAAUCUGAGAAAGCGAUUCAAGAUGAAAUUCGGUCUGUCAUUAGACAGAUAACUGCUACGGUGACAUUCUUGCCUUUACUUGACACUGCCUGUUCUUUUGAUCUUCUAGUAUACACAGACAAAGACCUGGAAGUACCAGAAAAGUGGGAAGAAUCAGGGCCGCAGUUCAUUAACAACUCUGAAGAAGUUCGCCUGAGAUCUUUUACUACAACCAUACACAAAGUAAAUAGUAUGGUUGCAUACAAAAAAAUUGAUUCUUUUUAAAAGGCAACAUAUGUAUAGCGCGGUUAGACUUGUAUAUAAACUCUGCUUGUACAAAUUUGUUUCACUGUCAGCUUACGGACACCGAAGACUAACACAAUGUUCAUAGUAUAUUUGUCUGUAUUGUCUACUUGUUGUUGAACUGAAGAAUUCCUUUUUAAAUUUUGCUUUUCCUGAUGUAUAAUUCAAAAAAGAUUUCAACGCAUUGUUGAGAUUUUAGUAUUUGCCGUAUUAGUUUAAAUUUAUAGACUGUAAACCUGAUUUGUUUUUUUAAUGUGAAUAAAAUCACUGACUAAAUAA